CAAUCUUAUUGCACGAAGGCCUCGGUUGUCCGGCAGCAGUUUUUUCAAAGGAAUUGCUCUCAGCCAUGGUACUACAAAGCUUUCGAGCGUGUCCUGAAGGCUUGACUGACGAUUCCACGCAUCAGAUCUAUCCCUUCAAAUAGAUUUCGGAGAACCAGUAUGGAUGCGAAUAGACCAAACAGCACACUACCGCGCCGAUACGGAUGAGGGUGGAGAAGAGUUUGCGAAACUCGUUCCACGGGGAGGACAUACCGUUCCUAUCAAAGAUGCGGAGACGGGUGAAAGUCGCAUUUACACGGUGACACUCUUUCACCAGCUCAAGUGCCUGGGAAUUAUCCGUGACAACUACGCAGAAAUGCGCCCCCCGUCGUCGGUUACUCGUCACUGCAUGAAUUAUCUUCGUCAAUCGAUUUUGUGUAACCCCAACAUCAAAAUUGAGCCGGUCGUAAAUAACGUGGGGUCUGCCGUCAGGGGAUACGAGACUGUUUGUCGUGACUGGACAAAAGUUUACGAGGAGGUGGAUAAGCUACAUGGAAUGACUUCGGAUGUGUAGGAGGUUUGAACG